AUGAAGGCACCAAGCGAACCGAACCAAAAACGAAAACGCGGUCGACCCCCAGGAACCUCCAGCGCGUUAGCACGCGAACCGAGAGAUGGUGUUAUUGCGGAACCAGCCGACCACGGAAAUGUUGCGAAAUCCGAAGUUGUCCCAAAGAAACGAGGGCGUCCGCGCAAGAGUAUCGAUCCAGUAACCCAAGAUGAACAAGACCCCGCACUCAACCAAGCCGACCCGGGCGAAACCUCAAACAUGGCCCCAAAGAAGAGGGGACGGCCGCCGAAAGCUCGUGAUCCUCAAGCGGAAGAAGAAAUAUCUCAAGAAACCCGGCCGCGCAAGCGGAGGCGGGCAGGCGAACUUGAGGAAAGAGAAGGAAGCCCGGGAGAGGGUGAGGGGAGUAAAAAGUCCAAGUCGGUGAAGGGUCCAACCGAUGGGCCUCCACAGGUCGCCUGA